UAAUUUAAAAAAACUUUUUUAUUUUCCCCUCCCACUUUUUUAUAUUUUAUUUUUACUCUCCCUUUUCUUUAUAUUUAUCAGUCGAUAAUAGUCAUCUGUAUUUUAAAUGGAGUCAGAUUACAACCAAGAUUUACCUCAUGAACUGCUGGAGAAACUUCGUAAUCUCGAGUUAGAAUUAGAGGAUGGCGACAUUACUUUAAAGGGGUUUGAAAAAAAGAAGGCCAGCUUAUUAGCAGCUUCUAACCCAACCACACCCACUUCUCCACAUCAAAAGACAGACGCUGAAAUACUGGAAGAGUUAGGCCCUGAACCCAGUGCUGCCGAUGUAGUGGAUUUUUUGGAUUUCCUACCUUCACCCACCCAUUCACCUGUUUUACGUAGUGCAACCUUGGAUAUUGGUAACACUUUUAUGGAAACAAGUCAUCAUCCAGUGCAACCAUCAUCACUACCACCACCACCCGUACCAUUACAGCAACAACAACAGCAACAACAACAGCAGAUGUAUGCUCACCAGCAACAGUCAUACCCAAGGCCAGUACAACCACAAUACAGGCCUUAUAACACAGGUCGUCCCAUGAUGAAUAACGGUUACUAUCCUGUAGUAGGAGGAUCACCUCUUCCUAACAAUAGACCACCUUAUCCAAUGCGUCCCAUACAACAACAGCAACAACAACAGCAGCGUCCUCCUCCUGGUUCUAAUCCAUACUAUUCAAAUGGACGUCCUCCUCCCUCUUCACAAAACUAUCGACCUAUCAAUACUAAUUAUCAACAACGACCCAUCAUUUAUAACGCCAAUCCCAACAUUCCUCCACAGCAACAACAGCAGACAUCCCCUAGACCAAUGUAUAGACCUCAACCACGACCCAAUAAUGCCAAUUACCAAAAUUACCGACCACAACCACAACAACAGCAUCAACAACAACAGCAAUACGCUCAACCUCAAUAUAUUCCAUCCUCUACAGCGAAUUCAGUUCGAAACUCGGAAUUACAAUAUGGUAAUUAUGCUUAUAAUAAUACCGUCAAUAGAUCUCCUUCUGGAAACACAGGCUCACACCCUACAGAAAGACAAUAUCAAACAAUGUCCAUGUAUUCUGCAAGAAGUGAUUCAACAGAAUAGUUGUUAAAAAAAAAAAAAUUAAAAGCAGCCCCUCUUUUCUUUUUUUUUUUUUUUUUCUU